AUGACAGCUCCUCUCUCUCAACAAACAGUCUCAGUCAAAGACGCAGCCGCAGUUCGCAAGCGCAGAAGACGUGCUCCAGCUGGAGGUGCUGCGGAUGACUGCUUCACUUGCUCGAAACGAAAUGUCAAGUGUGACCGCCGACGGCCAUACUGCUCUCAAUGUCUAGAAAUUGGAAAUGAAUGCUCCGGAUAUAAGACUCAGCUCACCUGGGGAGUUGGAGUUGCUAGCAGAGGCAAGCUUCGCGGACUUUCGCUUCCCAUCGCCAAGGCUCCUCCAGUAUCUCGAGAGCCCAAGAAGUCCCCCGUGGCUCGAGGCCGUGCCAACUCGACGGCGGCCGUUAUGGCUGCUCACUGGGUAGAACAAGAAGAGGCCAAGAGACACCGAGGGCCCAUCGAUAUCCCGUCAGUGACGCAUUCCGUCUCAACUCCAGCAAACUCAUAUCCCGGACAUGGGUACGACUAUCUUUCCAUGUCCCACCCUGAGAACGGCACAACUGUUCCUCAACAUGGCUGGGGCAAUAUUCAUUACUCCAGCGGACUUGUACAUUCGCCGGACGCAACACCAAAAUACUCCAAAUUUCCCCUUCCUCUUAUUACAGAUGGUCUAUCAUCAUCAGUCGACUCUGUAAGCGAUGUGGACUAUCUUUCCCCUCUUAGCCAAACAUAUUCACGCGAUGAAAUGCCCUUUGGUAGUGGAUCAUCUGUAAUUUAUGACGGAUACGGGAGAAACCAGCACUCUCCCGUCUCCCAAAGUCCUCCUUCAGGACUAGUUCUAGACCACACUCGUGUGCCAACGUCGUGUCCUGGCUUGGUAUACGCCGUAUCAGAACAUGGCUCGAGUAUCAACUCUCACUUGGACCCGUUCGACACACACCUGAGCCACAAACUGAUGCGGGAGUGUGACAGCCUCAGUGUUCCACAAAUCGACGUAUUCAAUUCAAGUUGCAGCCCCGCUGCCAAUAGCUGGACAUCAUCCUCGCAUCAGCGCGACGAAGAAAUUCAGUCACCGCAAUCCGAACACGCGUCGAACAGGUGGCCUACCACGAUUCGAGAACCCGAGCCUUUUCGAGUUAGCCCGGACCUCGUAGCGAGGAUGCCAUUUUUCAUGGACUAUUACAAAAACACUAUUGCGCCUUCCAUGGUAUAUAUCGAUGGACCACACAACCCUUUUCGGGAUCAUGUCCUUCAGCUGGCGGUUCACAGUCAAAGCCUUCAGCAUGCUAUCUGUGCCUUAUCGGCUUGCAACCUGCGAAUGAAGAGGAAAUUGAGCCUUGGGCAAGACACGCAGGAAUUGCUUGAGAAGCUCACAACGGAAAAGAAUGCCAUCGACAGUCUUGGUGAUCGCCAGCCAGAUGAUCCCUCAUUGGCCGAAGAGUUUCAGCACCGAAAUUUGGCAGUAAACCUUCUCAAUGAGCAGCUCAACGAUCCGCUUAAAUCUACACACGACUCUGUCCUAGCCACUAUCCUUCUUCUCUGCCACUACCGUAUGGUAGAGUCUGGCGUGGCCAAGUUCCACACCCAAUUUGCUGGUGUGAAAAAGAUCUUGUCCAUGCGAACAGAACAGUUUGGCCCUUCCAGGGGCUCGGCAUGGAUCGAAGCACUGUUUACCUAUUUUGACGCCAUCUCGGCAAGCAUUAAUGAUCGCGAGGCCCAGCUUUCCCCAGCCGUGGAUGAUGGGUCACCGCUGUUGCCCCUCGGCGCAGAAAAUCUUGUGGGCUGUGACAGGGAAUUAUUCAAGACGAUUAGCAAGCUUGGUAGAUUGAAUCUACUUUCGCAACAUCGCCCCGUACAAAACAUGGCAUCUUCUCGUCGACCAAGCGCUGACACUGCACCAAGUCAUCGGAUGGUUGGAUCCCCAGUUGUUCACUCAUACAGUGCUGGUAUCACCAACGUGGGCAGCCUUCACACGCCACAAAAUCAACACGCGCAGCAGCAACCACAACAUCAACAGUCACAACAGCUUGGUGACUUGUACCCGGCACCUGCGCACCGCUUUGACGGUAACGGAUUUGGUACGACACUUGAUGACGAUGAGAUUCUCGCCUCUGCCCUGUGCACAUCUGCAGCAUUUGAUGACAGUCGGUCACUGUUCUGGCGCGAAUGGAAGGAGGCACGAAUGUCAUUGCAGAACUGGCAGUUUGACGCAGUUGCAGUUGCGGCAUCGUUGCCGGGAUCUCCCUGCCCGUCCGAGGUUCGGGAUCUUGGAUCUCUGUCAGAGGCUUUCCGGUAUGCCGCCCUCCUCUACACCGAGCGCCUCGCGGGUCCGGGCACGCCAUCAAGCCACACAAACUUCCAGAACCUAGUCAGUCAAGUUGUCUACUACGCCACCAGCCUCGAUGCCGGCAGCACGGCCGAGAAAUUUCUCCUUUGGCCAUUGUUCGUCGCGGGUUCUGAGUGCGUCAAUGAAUUACAACAAAAUAUUGUGCGAACCAAAUGCCGCGACAUCAUGGCCCGGUCUGGUUACAUGAAUAAUCUGUCGGCCCUGGACAUUCUAGAGAAACUGUGGGCCGGUGAGUUCAAUGCCGCCACACCCGACUUGCGUCACAGGUCCGGCCCGGCCAAGAUGGCCGGCUGCCGAGGACCGUUCAAUUGGGCAAAGUGCUUUGGCGGACCUGGAGCUGAGGCCGAGUGGAUCAUGUUUUGA